AUGGAUUUCGAACAUCGCGGUUCGGGAAGGCCCCUCGUGGUUACGUUGAAACUUCGAUCACCACUCAACUCCCCCUUCCCUACACAUCUGCGCAUCCCAUCCCAUGAGAAAGGAGGGCUGGAAGGCGACGAGGAGGAGGAAGCGAGGAGAGGAGGGCUUGAAGGCAACGUGGAGGAGGAAGCGAGGAGAGGAGGGCUGGAAGGCAACGAGGAGGAGGAAGCGAGGAGAGGAGGGCUGGAAGGCAACGAGGAGGAGGAAGCGAGGAGAGGAGGGCUGGAAGGCAACGAGGAGGAGGAAGCGAGGAGAGGAGGGCUGGAAGGCAACGAGGAGGAGGAAGCGAGGAGAGGAGGGCUGGAAGGCAACGAGGAGGAGGAAGCGAGGAGAGGAGGGCUGGAAGGCCCUUCCCUACGCAUCACACAACUCCCUUCCCUACUCAUUCCGCACGCCCCGGUCCUGUCCAUGCGCAUCACACAACUCCCUUCCCUACUCAUUCCGCACGCCCCAUGCCUGUCCAUGCGCAUCACACAACUCCCUUCCCUACUCAUUCCGCACGGCCCAUGCCUGUCCAUGCGCAUCACACAACUCCCUUCCCUACUCAUUCCGCACGCCCCAUGCCUGUCCAUGCGCAUCACACAACUCCCUUCCCUACUCAUUCCGCACGCCCCCUGCCUGUCCAUGCGCAUCACACAACUCCCUUCCCUACUCAUUCCGCACGGCCCAUGCCUGUCCAUGCGCAUCACACAACUCCCUUCCCUACUCAUUCCGCACGCCCCAUGCCUGUCCAUGCGCAUCACACAACUCCCUUCCCUACUCAUUCCGCACGCCCCCUGCCUGUCCAUGCGCAUCACACAACUCCCUUCCCUACUCAUUCCACACGCCCCAUGCCUGUCCAUGCGCAUCACACAACUCCCUUCCCUACUCAUUCCGCACGCCCCAUGCCUGUCCAUGCGCAUCACACAACACUCCCUUCCCUACUCAUUCCGCACGCCCCAUGCCUGUCCAUGCGCAUCACACAACACUCCCUUCCCUACUCAUUCCGCACGCCCCAUGCCUGUCCAUGCGCAUCACACAAUUCCCUUCCCUACUCAUUCCGCACGCCCCAUGCCUGUCCAUGCGCAUCACACAACUCCCUUCCCUACUCAUUCCGCACGCCCCCUGCCUGUCCAUGCGCAUCACACAACUCCCUUCCCUACUCAUUCCGCACGGCCCAUGCCUGUCCAUGCGCAUCACACAACUCCCUUCCCUACUCAUUCCGCACGCCCCAUGCCUGUCCAUGCGCAUCACACAACUCCCUUCCCUACUCAUUCCGCACGCCCCCUGCCUGUCCAUGCGCAUCACACAACUCCCUUCCCUACUCAUUCCGCACGCCCCAUGCCUGUCCAUGCGCAUCACACAACUCCCUUCCCUACUCAUUCCGCACGCCCCCUGCCUGUCCAUGCGCAUCACACAACUCCCUUCCCUACUCAUUCCACAUGCCCCAUGCCUGUCCAUGCGCAUCACACAACUCCCUUCCCUACUCAUUCCGCACGCCCCAUGCCUGUCCAUGCGCAUCACACAACACUCCCUUCCCUACUCAUUCCGCACGCCCCAUGCCUGUCCAUGCGCAUCACACAACUCCCUUCCCUACUCAUUCCGCACGCCCCAUGCCUGUCCAUGCGCAUCACACAAUUCCCUUCCCUACUCAUUCCGCACGCCCCAUGCUUGUCCAUGCGCAUCACACAACUCCCUUCCCUACUCAUUCCUCACGGCCCAUGCCUGUCCAUGCGCAUCACACAAUUCCCUUCCCUACUCAUUCCGCACGCCCCAUGCCUGUCCAUGCGCAUCACACAACUCCCUUCCCUACUCAUUCCGCACGCCCCCUGCCUGUCCAUGCGCAUCACACAACUCCCUUCCCUACUCAUUCCACACGCCCCAUGCCUGUCCAUGCGCAUCACACAACUCCCUUCCCUACUCAUUCCGCACGCCCCAUGCCUGUCCAUGCGCAUCACACAACACUCCCUUCCCUACUCAUUCCGCACGCCCCAUGCCUGUCCAUGCGCAUCACACAAUUCCCUUCCCUACUCAUUCCGCACGCCCCAUGCCUGUCCAUGCGCAUCACACAACUCCCUUCCCUACUCAUUCCGCACGCCCCAUGCCUGUCCAUGCGCAUCACACAACUCCCUUCCCUACUCAUUCCGCACGCCCCCUGCCUGUCCAUGCGCAUCACACAACUCCCUUCCCUACUCAUUCCACAUGCCCCAUGCCUGUCCAUGCGCAUCACACAACUCCCUUCCCUACUCAUUCCGCACGCCCCAUGCCUGUCCAUGCGCAUCACACAACACUCCCUUCCCUACUCAUUCCGCACGCCCCAUGCCUGUCCAUGCGCAUCACACAACUCCCUUCCCUACUCAUUCCGCACGCCCCAUGCCUGUCCAUGCGCAUCACACAAUUCCCUUCCCUACUCAUUCCGCACGCCCCAUGCUUGUCCAUGCGCAUCACACAACUCCCUUCCCUACUCAUUCCUCACGGCCCAUGCCUGUCCAUGCGCAUCACACAAUUCCCUUCCCUACUCAUUCCGCACGCCCCAUGCCUGUCCAUGCGCAUCACACAACUCCCUUCCCUACUCAUUCCGCACGCCCCCUGCCUGUCCAUGCGCAUCACACAACUCCCUUCCCUACUCAUUCCACACGCCCCAUGCCUGUCCAUGCGCAUCACACAACUCCCUUCCCUACUCAUUCCGCACGCCCCAUGCCUGUCCAUGCGCAUCACACAACACUCCCUUCCCUACUCAUUCCGCACGCCCCAUGCCUGUCCAUGCGCAUCACACAAUUCCCUUCCCUACUCAUUCCGCACGCCCCAUGCCUGUCCAUGCGCAUCACACAACUCCCUUCCCUACUCAUUCCGCACGCCCCAUGCCUGUCCAUGCGCAUCACACAACUCCCUUCCCUACUCAUUCCGCACGCCCCAUGCCUGUCCAUGCGCAUCACACAACUCCCCCUUCCCUACUCAUUCCGCGCGUCCCAUGCCUGUCCAUGCGCAUCACACAACUCUCCCUUCCCUACUCAUUCCGCGCGUCCCAUGCCUGUCCAUGCGCAUCACACAACUCCCCCUUCCCUACUCAUUCCGCGCGUCCCAUGCCUGUCCAUGCGCAUCACACAACGCACCCUCCCGUACACGCACCCUCCCACACCACUCGUCCACUAA